AUGGAAAUCAAGAACAUGGUAGAGGGAUCAGCUCCUAGCCCUUCCCCUUCACCUUCACCUCCAAUCAUAGAUUGUGAUGCCGAAUGCAGUAGAAGGUGUCAAUUAUCAUCAAGACCAAAUCUAUGUAAGAGAGCAUGUGGAACAUGUUGUGAAAAGUGCAAUUGUGUGCCUUCGGGAACCAAUGGUCACUAUGAAGAAUGUCCAUGCUACGCAAAUUUGACUACUCAUGGUGGAAGACACAAGUGUCCUUAA